ACACUAGCCUUUAUCAGUCCAUCUAUAAUAGAGUGUUCAAAACUCAUUACACUGAUUUAGAUUCUUCUACUUAAAUUAAACUUUCUUGUAUGAUAGUCAAAUCAGUACAAAAUCAUACACAUUCUUUCAUAUAUUUCUCUCUCUCAUUUCACAGGUAGGUGUGAUCGAGAAGAGAACAUAAUCAUAGAUUCAUUUAUCAACCAACAAAUUGGAUACAUAUAAUGCUAUCAAGAUCCAAUUCUGAGCUAGACUACACUUUUUUGGCCCUUUUUCAAGACAUAGAACUUGGAAAAAGAGCACAAAAACAAAGUUGAGUGUCAAUGGAGGAACUUAUGAAUCCAUUUGACAAAGAAUACAUGAAGAUGGCGAUGUUAAAGCACGAAGAAACCUUCAAAGAGCAGGUAUAUGAACUUCAUCGUUUGUAUCGGAUUCAGAAGAUCCUAAUGAGGAGUAUUGAAAGCAAUACUAGGCGAAUUGGGGUGAACCGGAUUGACUUGGAACGGCCUGCAGACCAUGAAGAGCACAUUGCUGAAUCAGAUGGAAUUAAUGGAGUGGCGGAGAUUGAAGAGGAGAGCCAGAUUGAGCUAACACUCGGCCCUGCAAGUUACUAUAGGAGGAAGAAAUCCGAGACAAUGCUAAGUCAUUCUGAAUCCGGAUGGGGCUUCUCUUCGUCUUCCAUAGGCUCGAGCCACGUGAAGAGGUCAAGUCCAAGGACUCAUCAAAUGAAGGACACAAGUCACAAUUGGGGACUUGUGGAGGUGCCGGAUUCGUACCAAAUUAGCGCUAGAGGGAAAAGUUUUGAUGUUGAAGAACAACUGAGACAAGACAGAGUUAAGCAGCCUUGGUUUUUCCAAUCUUUAAGUCUGAACAUGGCUUGAGAAAAUCAUUGGAUUCGGUAUAUAAUUGAUGUUUGUGUGGAUUUUUCUUCUUCUUUGUUUGUGUGAGGAUUGGUUUAUUACUCUGGUUCUUGAAAUCCAUUACAAUCUAUUAAGGUGAAUAUUUCACUGAA